GCGGAUUUCAGAAACCAGAAAGCCUUUUAUCAUCGUCCAUCCACCGGUGGUCAUGUCCUCCGAGGAGCUGCUGUCUGUAGACUAUGAGGUGUUCGGGAGGGUGCAGGGUGUGUUCUUCCGGAAAUACACACAGUCAGAAGGAAAGCAGCUGGGUCUGGUGGGCUGGGUGCAGAACACUGAUGCCGGGACGGUUCGAGGGCAGCUGCAGGGUCCGGUCUCUAAAGUCCAGCAGAUGCAGCAGUGGCUGCAAACCAGCGGCAGCCCUCAGUCACGAAUCGCCAAAGCAGAGUUCAAGAACGAGCGGCCCAUCGACAAACUGGACUUUAAGGAUUUCAGAGUGGCUCGUUAAUGA